GGUCCUUAGCACACGGUUUUGUUUACAACACGUCACCAGGAAAUAAAGCUUUCGUGUCGAAAUGCAUAGACAGGACUCCCUCGAGGCUCCUCUUUUUGGAGAAGAUGAUGAGAAUAACCAGGUAAAAAGGCCAAAAAUGAGACAUCCUCUGGCCUCCUUCUUCCAUCUGUUCUUUCGAACAAGUGCCAUCUUGGUCUAUCUCCUCUGUGACAUCCUCAGCAGCCGUUUUGUAGUCUGUAUGGUCAUCAUCAUCCUUCUGCUGUCGUGUGACUUCUGGACUGUCAAGAAUGUAUCUGGCAGAUUGUUGGUGGGCCUUCGAUGGUGGAAUCAAGUGGAUGUAGAUGGGAAGAGCCACUGGGUGUUUGAGUCAAAGAAGACAGACAGCAAAAACACAACACCCAGUGCUGAAUCACGGGUAUUUUGGCUCGGACUUAUUGUGUGCCCCAUUUUCUGGAUCCUUUUUGUGUUGAGCACCAUCUUCUCCUUUAAUAUUAAAUGGCUGGUUGUGGUAGUAAUGGGCUUGGUUUUACAAUGGGCAAACCUGUACGGUUACAUCAGGUGCAAGCUGGGUGGAAAGUCUAACCUGAGAAACAUUGCAAAGAACUAUCUUGGUGUCCAGAUUUUUAAACAGGCAAUGAAGAAACCGGAAAGACUUUGAAGUCAGCACUGGCUGUUUCUUACUGAAAAAAGUGUUCGGUCAUCUUUCAGAGUCUAUGGGUUAUUUAAAUUUCACUUAAUUUUCCUAUCAGGAUUUAAUUUAAUUUGGAUAAAGAAAUCUUUCCUUUUGGUUUGAGGGUGUGCCACUUCUGUAGCUUUUUACAGCUCGGCCCUUUCUGCAACCUCAUUAGAAAUAGUUUAUGGUGCAUUAUUGGGGGGAAAAAAUGUAUGCAAAUGACUGUUACCUACCUUUUUUAAGAAGUUUGGUAUGACAUUAUGGUAAUGUAAAGACAAAGUGCAACUUUAUAAAAUUAAAAAUAUUUUGGGAUAAGGGCAGCUUGGGUAGAAUUUUAUACCAAAGUUGGUAAUAUUUAAGGUAUGUCUAUGUUAUGGUAAAUAGAAUAAUAUAUGUUUACUGUCAUUUUUGAGUGGAAAUGUGAAUUUUACCAAUGGAGCACAUAUAUUAUUGAGGUGUUAAUUUUAUAUCUUAAUAAAGCCUUAAACAAAGCCUUUUGU